CUGCAGAUUGUCGUUUUAUCUUGUUCUGCAGAGAAGGAAGAAGAAGAAAGGAUCAAUUUCCUCAAAUCUCAGGAUGUUUUGCACAAGUUUAACCCAAAGUUCUGCUAUGGCAGAUAUGCUGCUCGAUGCCAAGGAGGCAGUGCUGAUGCCUAGUGAUUCUCUACCAGAAGGUUCAGUCCAGAUCAGGGGUUAUGACUUCAAUUCUGGGGUCAACUAUGAUGCCUUGCUGCAGAGCUUUCUGACAACUGGCUUUCAGGCCUCAAGCUAUGGUCAGGCUGUACAAGAGAUCAACAAUAUGAUCAAGGCCAAACUGUCUGACCCUGGUGGAUGCACCAUCUUCUUGGGAUAUACAUCUAACCUGAUCAGCUCUGGAAUCCGUGAAAUUAUCAGAUACCUUGUUGAACAUAAAAUGGUGGAUAUCAUUGUCACAACGGCUGGGGGAGUGGAAGAAGAUAUUAUCAAGUGUCUGGCACCCACCUACCUGGGAGACUUCACCCUGAAAGGGUCAGAUCUAAGGCCACGUGGAAUUAACAGGAUUGGAAAUCUGCUAGUCCCCAAUAAUAAUUAUUGUUUAUUUGAAGACUGGAUCAUCCCAAUACUGAAUCAAAUGGUGGAGGAGCAAGAUACAGAGGGCAUUAAUUGGACCCCAUCUAAGAUGAUUGCUCGUCUUGGGAAGGAGAUCAAUAACCCAGAUUCUGUGUGUUACUGGGCUCAGAAGAAUGAUAUACCUAUAUUCAGCCCUGCUCUCACUGAUGGAUCCCUUGGUGAUAUGUUAUAUUUUCAUUCAUAUAAGAAACCUGGUUUGAAGUUGGACAUCAUAGAAGAUAUCCGCAAGCUAAAUGGUCAGGCUGUGUUUGCUAAAAAAACAGGAAUAAUUAUCCUGGGUGGGGGACUGAUCAAACACCACAUCGCUAAUGCCAACCUCAUGAGGAAUGGUGCUGACUAUGCAGUUUACGUGAAUACUGCUCAGGAGUUUGAUGGUUCUGAUUCUGGUGCUAGACCGGAUGAAGCCGUGUCUUGGGGCAAGAUCCGCAUGGAGGCCAAGCCUGUGAAGGUCUAUGCAGAUGCAUCUCUUGUAUUUCCACUCCUUGUCGCUCAAACAUUUGCUAAGAAACAGACAGAAUUUUCUAGUAAGAAGCAAGAGUAAUGGAGUGAGGCCCAGGAGAAACCAGCAGAACCUCACUUAACCUACCCCAUAUGAUGUCAGUAUAUUGCAUGUUUCUCAUCUCGCACUGGCUAUAUCUAUGCUGCCCUAUGAUCGGUCUAUGGACGUUCAGCAAUGCUCUGCAGAACCUACUACAGAAGAUCUAUAGAAAUAAGCAACACAUGAAAAGGACAUUCUAAUGUAUGCAUUAUAUACUGUCAUUCAUUAGAGCAGGUCAAUUCUGCAUUACUGGUCAUAGCUAGCUAUGGGGUUGAUCAGUUUUUUUUAAAAGGACAUGAAUUCCAAAUUUUCUCUUUCAUAAUUUAGAUACAGCAUUCAAUUACCAGCUAGCUCCCAGUAGUGCAUUGCUGCUCCUGAGCCUACCUAGGUAUGAUAUUUAACAAAUGAUAGCAAAAGAACAAAGCAAAUAAGCUAAUAGAAGUAAAUUGAAAAGUUGUUUAAAAUUACAUGUUAUGUGCCACUUUAAAGGGACAGUCUACACCAAAAUUUUUAUUGUUUUAAAAAGAUAGAUUAUCCCUUUAUUACCCAUUCACCAGUUUUGCAUAACCAACACAGUUAUAUUAAUAUUUGUUUUACCUCUCUGAUAAACUUGUAUCUAAACCUCUGCAGACUGCCUCCUUAGCUCAGUGCUUUUGACAGACAUGCAGGUUAGCCAAUCAGUGCAGACUCAUAAAUAACUGCACGUGAGUGAGCACAAUGUUAUCUAUAUGACACACAUGAAGUAAUACUGUCAAACUGUGAAAAACUUUCAAAAUGCUCUAAGCUAAGAGGCGGUUUUCAACGAUUUAGAAAUCUGUUUGAGCCUACCUAGGUUUUGGUUUUUCAAAAAUACCAUCAAGGGAACAAAGCAAAUUUAAUGAUAAAAGUCAAUUAGAAAGUUGUUUAAAAUUUCAUGUCCUAUCUGAAUCAUGAAAGUUUAAUUUUGGCUACACUGUCCCUUUAACCCCAUUUUAGGGGUUUAAAGGGGCAUCCCAGUCAAAAUUUAAAUGCACAUAGAUGAAUCACAUAUUUGAAUAGAAUCAUAUUUGCAAUAUACAUGUAUUGUCUCUAGUAAAAGUUAUCACUGCUUAAGUAUUAAAAUGUUUCUGUGCAUGUGACGCAUAGCUAGAUAUUCUCAGUGCACCAGUAUUUUAAAUCCUGCAGCUGCUCAGAGCACCAGUGGGGCUUGUUUCCCGUCAGCAGUUAACAAAUUGGGUCAUUACCAGAUGGUACUAGCACCGUAGGCUUCUUGUGCAAGUUGUGUAUGUAAAGUGCUAGUGCACAGUGCACACUUAAAUACACUUUUGAAACAGCUAUAGCUUUUAUUAGAAUCACUUUUGCCAAUAUAUUUAUAUUAGAAAAAUACUUCUAUUCAAAACUGAAACGCAUGCAUGUGGAUUCCAAUUUUGGCUGGAAUAUCCCUUUAACACAGAAACGGUGACAAUAGUGCAAAAAUUGCAUGCUUUAAUGAAUUAGAUCAUGCAAUGUUAGCACUAGAAUGCUCCUUUACACACACAGGUAAAGCCCUGCAUGGGGAAGAUGCAAGCAUUGUAGCGCUCAGUGCUGCUACUGACUGUCUCACCACUGUUUUCUGCUCAGAAACUGCAGAGUUUGCAGGGGUUAAACACACAGGAUCAAUAAUGCAAACACUAUAAUACAGCCCUGCAUAAUAAAUACAUUCCCCAUUUCAUUAGUCUGCUGUUGCUAUAUAUAUAUAUCACAUUUUUUUUUUAAAUAUAAUUAUUUAAGUUGACAUUUUAAAAGGGGCAUAAAGAGCAAUUUUUUUUUUAAGGAUUCAGAUAGAACAUACAAUUUUACUGGAAAGAAGUAUAUCAAUCAGAUUCCCAUACACUCAUCAAAACCCAAGGAAGAAAGUGGGGGGUGCCAGGUUAUAUUAAAAUAAUCAUACAUGUGAAAGAAGAGAACAAAUAUUCCCAUAGGCACUCACUUAAUAGACUGAGGGUGUGUAAGGAGCCAAACAUAAAACUUAACUUUAAUUAAACUAAUUAUAAAAAGGUGGACUGUAUCUACAAGAUACUAUGAGAUAAAAAAUAUUAACAUAUAUCACUUAACCUGGAGAAAGAUACAGUAUGUAUCUAAAGUUCAAAAAUGAGUUACUAGCGGCCGUAUAGAUACAGUAUAAGGACAUGUUACAGGAUAAAGAGGCCCUUUGUGAAGUAUUUAGCGACUAAAAAAACUUUAGAUACAUACUGUAUCUUUCUCCAGGUUAACAGAAAUGGAAAUAUUUUUUUCCUUUUUAAUAUAUUUUUUAUCAUAGUAUCUUCAUUCCACCUUUUUUUAUAAUUAGUUUAAUAAAAGUUAAGUUUUAUGUUUUGGCCCUUACACUCCCUUCUAUUAAGUGAGUGCCUAUGGGAAUAUUUUUUCUUUUCUUUCAAACACAAUUUUAAUCAACUUUCCAAUUUACUUCUAUUAUCAUUGUUUUCUGGUUAUCCUUUGUUGAAAAGCAGGAAGGUAAGUUCAGGAGUGUGCACGUGUAUGCACCACUAUAUGGCAGUAGUUUUUCAACAAAGUUAUAGACACUAGAUGGCAGCACUAUUUCCUGUCAUGUAGUGCUUCAGGCAUGUGAACACUACCUAUCUAGAUAUCUCUUCAACAAAGCAUAACAAGAAAACAAUGCAAAUUUGAUAAUAGAAGUAAAUUGGAAACUUUUUUUAAAAUUGUAUUCUCUGUCUGAAUAAAGAUAGAAAAACUUGGGUUUCCUGUCUCUUUAAAGGAAGCCAGAUAUCAAUAAAUAUUUAUACUCCGAAAAGAGGGGGAAAAAUGUUGGGGGAAUUAUGAAAAUCUGUGAUUUUAUAAAACUUUAUUUUUUCUAAAUAGUUAUGUGUUAGAGUUGUAGACAUAUUUGUAUGACAAAUUAGGAGGAAUUGUUAUAUACACAUAUAAUGCCUUGUUCAUUUGCAUGUAAAUAAUAAAAUAAUAUUGCUCCAGGAUAA